GCCAAUCAGAGCGUGUGGCCCUACUGGCUGACGCGGCGGGGAUCUCAGCGCGCUUGGGCGGUGGGCUUCCUGGGCUUCUCGGUACACGGACAGCGAUGCUGAAGGCCAAGAUCCUCUUCGUGGGGCCCUGCGAGAGUGGCAAAACAGUGUUGGCCAACUUUCUGACUGAAUCUUCGGACAUCACUGAAUACAACCCAACACAGGGUGUGAGGAUCCUGGAGUUUGAGAACCCACAUGUCACCAGCAACAACAAAGGCACGGGCUGUGAAUUCGAGCUCUGGGACUGUGGUGGUGACUCUAAGUUUGAGUCCUGCUGGCCAGCCCUGAUGAAGGAUGCUCAUGGAGUGGUGAUCGUCUUCAAUGCUGACAUCCCAAGCCACCUAAAGGAAAUUGAAAUGUGGUAUUCCUGCUUCGUCCAGCAACAGUUCCUCCAAGAUAGUCACUGCAUGCUUGUGGCCCACCACAAACCGGGCUCUGGAGGGGACAAGGGCAGCCUGGCUUUGUCUUCCCCCUUGAACAAGCUGAAGCUGGUGCACUCAAACCUGGAGGAAGACCCCGAGGAGGUCCGGGUGGAAUUCAUCAAGUAUUUAAAAAGCAUCAUCAACUCCAUGUCAGAGAGCAGAGACCGCGAGGAGAUGCUCAUCAUCACCUAGUGUCCCGGGGCCGCCUCCUCCCAAAUGACGCUGACCUCCCCAGGCAGAGCUGACAUCCCACCCAGCUGCUGACACGCCCUUCUCCUUGUGGCUGUCCAAGUGUUCCUUGUCUGCUAGAAGGCACCAGGAAGAGUCAGGCAUGGUGGCACACGCCUGUGAUCCCAGCCCUUGGGAGGCUGAGGUAGGAGGGUGGAGAGUUCAAGGCCAGCCUGGGCUACAGAGGGAGCCCUUAUCUCAACCCCCCUCCAGAAGCAACAAGCUGCCCCGCCUUCCUGUCUCGCUGUCACACCAUAAACACAUCCUUCCAGCA